AUGUGGCUGUCUGCGUGCGUAUUAUUGCAGCGUAUUAAUGCCCUCAUUUAUGCUUGUGAUCGUGAUGGUGAGCGUGAUGGCCUCCACUGUGGGUUGACGAAUUGUGCCUGCGUUCGUCACUGGCACUGUGACUGUGACUUUCGUGACUCUCGACUGAGUGGCUCUCCGAAGUGUGAUGGCUGGCCAAGGAGAAGCUCACCAUGA